AUGAAACGCUCCAUCCCGUCCACUAGUCAAGAGGCGUCCACUAGUCAGGCGAAGCGGGUGGCUCCGCCCAUUUUACAGAAGGAUUCUGGAGAAAAGACGACGAAUUUGAAGAGGAAAUCGGUUUUGGAGUCGGGAACGAUUUAUUUUACGCCGAUCGGCGGAAUUACAGUACCCCUGCAGGAAUCCGAGGGAUCCCGAUCACUGGAGGACAUUCUUGCGGAUAUCCGACCGAUUUCAUCGCUUCACAUGAAUUUUAUGAUUGAUUUCGAGUUUUUAGUGAAUUCCUACCCUCCAUCGCUCCGCACCACCACCCCAAUCACCCUGGUCGUCGGCGCUCCCGACGUCUCAGACCUGCGUAAAUCGACACUACAGUAUCCGAAUGUUACAGUACACUCUGCGUCUCUUCCCAUUCCAUUCGGCACUCAUCACUCGAAACUAUCGAUUCUGGAGAGUGACGAUGGAUUCAUUCAUGUCAUCGUAUCCACUGCAAACCUUAUUUCAGACGACUGGGAAUUCAAGACACAACAAUUUUAUUAUGCGAUGGGAAUGAGGCGGGAGACGGAGUUUGAGAGAUCGCCAUUCCAAGAGGAUCUGAUCGAGUACCUCUCCUACUACAGUAACCCUCUAUCCACGUGGAAGACACUCAUAGAAUCGACCGAUUUCUCUACAGUAACCGAUCGAUUGAUUUUCUCGACACCCGGAUACCAUACGGACCCCCAGCAAGUCUCCCGACUCGGUCAUCCGCGUCUUUCGACAAUUCUCUCGCAGAAAUUUCCAUUCGAUCCGAAAUACGAGCACACGGAUCGAUGCACAUUCAUUGCUCAGUGCUCGUCGAUCGGUUCGCUAGGCUCCGCCCCCUCCAGCUGGUUUCGUGGCCAAUUUUUGAAGAGUUUGGAGGCGGCGAACCCCGCGCCGAAGAACAAACCCCCGAAGAUGUAUUUGGUGUUUCCGUGUGUUGAGGAUGUUAGAAAUAGUUGUCAGGGAUAUGCGGGUGGAGGAUCCGUACCCUAUAGGAAUAGUGUUCAUGACCGUCAAAAAUGGUUGCAAGACUUUAUGUGUAAAUGGAGAUCAAAUACAAAGAGGCGAACGAAAGCGGUCCCUCACUGCAAGACAUAUGUGAAAUACGACCAAAAGAUUGCUCAAUGGCAACUACUCACAAGUGCGAACGUGUCGAAAGCCGCAUGGGGAGAGAUGUCGUUUUCGAAGAAGAAGAACGUCGACCAACUAAUGAUCCGUUCGUGGGAAAUCGGAGUACUCAUCACCGACCCCUCCCGCUUCAACAUUCCAUUCGACUACCCGUGUGUACCGUACUCCUCGACUGACCGCCCGUUCACUACCGACCAGAAACAUGAACAACCCGAUAUAUUGGGUUGUGUAUGGAAUCCAUGA